AAAACUCCCUAAAUCCGCGUCUACUUCCGGUGGUGUCCGUCUACAUCGUGCCGUCUGCACUGUCUGGGAGCUGAGCACAACAGGAGGAAAAAGCGUUUCUCUUGCAGCAGUUUGUUCGUGCAAAUACCUUCACUGCUUGCUACUAGCUACCAGGAUGAAUGUGGGUGUGGCUCACAGCGAGGUGAACCCAAACACCCGAGUGAUGAACAGUCGAGGGAUUUGGCUGACCUACGCACUUGGUGUUGGUGUGCUUCACAUCGUGCUCCUGAGCAUACCCUUCUUCAGCGUGCCCGUGGUGUGGACUCUAACAAAUGUCAUUCACAACUUAGGAAUGUAUGUCUUCAUGCAUGCAGUCAAAGGCACCCCUUUUGAGACCCCUGACCAAGGAAAAGCCAGACUUCUUACUCACUGGGAGCAGCUCGACUAUGGCGUGCAGUUCACCUCAUCUAGAAAGUUCUUCACCAUCUCCCCAAUUAUUCUAUACUUCCUGGCAAGUUUCUAUACAAAAUACAACACAACACACUUUGUCAUCAACACUGCCUCGCUUCUGAGUGUCCUGAUCCCCAAACUGCCACAGCUGCAUGGAGUCAGAAUUCUUGGCAUCAACAAGUAUUAAUAAUUGUAAAUGCUGCGCCUCUCAGCAACUGAAGCUAAUUCCUGUGUAGUCUGUACCGCCGAUGUGUGUACCAAGUCAUACAGUUUGUGUAACGGCCGCUGUUGUCGUAUAGUAACACCAGAGGGGUGCACUACGAAACGAGGUACGUUGAGCCUAAAGAGUUUUCAGCGUCAUGAAGGUAGCUCUGUUUUUUGUUUUGUUUUUUUUAAACCAGGUGACUCAGCUCUGGGCGGAGGCUACAUUCAAAGUUUUUGUGUAAAAUUAUCUGUUAAUGAGCAGUACAGAUGUUCAGCUAUAUGCAAAACCUGUUGAGUCGUGUGUUUGUAAUGCCCCCAAAGAAGCUGUGCAGUUUUAGUUGAACAAACUGUUACAGCAACAGGGAUUUAAAUGCAUUAGGCUGGCAAUGCAGAAAACGUGCUUUUAUGUUUGUUCAUAAUUUCCUGCUGAUGUAAAGCAGAGUAGAACACUGAUUUGUCUAAUAUUCAGUCAGUAAACUUACUUCCACUUUGAAAUGGCCAAAAACUCAAGUGAUUUUCAUCCUUUGUUAUGGGACAUGGUCAGGCCUGAACGCACUUCCUGAGUUGUGUUAGGAAUAAACUGCAGCAAAGAGAAAACACUGAGCAGUGUGUGAUCGCAAAGCUCCACAGCUCUGCCCAUGUUAAUCAAAAUUCUUAACAUCUUUAACGUUUGCUGAUCUCUCCUUCAAAAUCGUUUCCUUGGACACCACUAUGGCUAGUUUUAGAUCGCUCCCUGGAUUUGAGCUUCGUCGUCAUGGCUGACUUGAAAUUUGCUCUCUGAGCAAGUUUAAACUUUAGUAGAUUUUGCUGUGAGGGCUCAUUGUGUGUGCGCGAAACUGAACCCCUACUGGCCCCAACUUAGAAACAACGACGUAACCCGCAUUGGAAGGCAGUACCUGCAGCUGACCAGUGGUUCACCAAUGAUUCAGAGAUUCUGCCCAUCAUUAUUUUUAUUCCCAUAUAAAAUAUCCGAUCCACUGCAAGAAAUACUGUGGCUGUGGAAUAAUGACUUCACAAACCUGCUGAAAUGAAAGAUGGGUUUUAAGGUAGAACUCUCAUGGCGGUGGUAGAAAGGAAGGAAAAGAUCACGCAAAGUUGUUUGGAAAAGUUGACAAUGAGUGAAGGGGGCAACUAGAACAGGGUUCCUGCAGACUGAUUUUGAAAGGUGUUUGAAUCUGAAAAGGCAUCCCUAGUUUUUAUUAGUCUCAAAAUUCCUCAGAUUUGGAGAGGUAAUUUAACGUCUUGGUCAGAGCAGUUGCAUUGCUCGCUUUACUCAGAAAUGAAGAAAUGUAAAUUCGCUGAAUAUUGGCUCUUCAUCCAAGCAUUUGUGAGUCACAAUAUGUUUUGUUGAGGAAGUGCCACAAUGGGAAUGAAGGUGCGGGGGAAAACCCCUACAAGUUUUGGUUCAGUUGCAAGCAGUUCUGACUAGUUGCCUUACAUUGUUUACCUGCAUAGCCUAGCUUCUUGCUCAACUACAACUACACGAGACAAACAACAUGCAUCUAAAGCAGUGAAAUCUAUAUGUAACAUUUCUUAC